AUGAGGGCUCGGCUCAACAUCCGUGUUGUGGCCAUGUGUCCCGCGACAACAUAUACACCGGCCGUGCAGAAGGGAUACUGCUCUGGAAAAGUACGCGAAACCGACAUGAACAUGACGUCCACAGAAUGUGCCGAGGCAAUGUUGCGCAUUGUGACAGAAGCCGAGUUUGGUGAUGGCAACGUGGUGGAGGCCAUGCAUUUUGGCACUAAAGAAAAGCCUGAUGUCAGAAUACGGGUGGUUCCGUACCAGAAAUUGGCGCCAGAUAUCAACGUGGAGGGUGAAUUCAGCGGCAGAAACAUUCUGAUCGAAGAGGAGAAGCAGUGGGAGCAGCUGACGACCAAGGGAAUGCGAUCCUGA